CAGGCUAAUCUAUAUAUCAAUUCUUUUUUAUUUGUUUUGGUUUAGUGCGGCGUUUUUGUUGUUUGAUCUGAGUAUUUGGAUUUUGGGAAAGAAGAUUAGGGUUUUGAUGACAAAACAAGAACAAUAUGACUACAAAUCGAUGGUGGGCUGGUAAUGUGGCCAUGAGAGGAGUGGAUUCCAUAUCUUCACCACCACCACCACCUCCAUUGCUUCAGCUCAGAAACACAGAUGAAGAUCCCAACAAAGAUGACGACCAAGACAGUGGCAACGGCGGCGACGACGACGACCCCAAUUCAACCGGCCACGAAAGCUUCGGACUAGGAGGAAGCAGCAGCAACAACCGCAGGCCACGUGGCAGACCCCCAGGUUCCAAGAACAAGCCAAAGCCUCCGGUAGUGAUAACAAAAGAGAGCCCCAAUGCUCUAAGAAGCCACGUUUUGGAAAUCAGUAGCGGAAGUGACAUAGUCGAGAGCAUAGCCAUUUUUGCUCAAAGAAGACAUCGUGGGGUUUCUGUCUUGAGCGGUAGCGGCAUCGUCAACAACGUCACUCUCCGGCAACCGGCUGCUCCCGGUGGCGUCGUCACGUUGGAAGGGAGGUUCGAGAUUUUAUCGCUUAAUGGGGCAUUCUUGCCUAGUCCUUCUCCACCUGGUGCAACCGGUUUGACCGUUUAUUUGGCUGGCGGGCAGGGGCAGGUGGUUGGUGGGACGGUGACCGGAGCUUUGGUGGCUUCUGGGCCAGUGAUUGUGAUUGGUGCAACGUUUAUGAAUGCUACAUUUGAGCGGUUGCCACUCGAGGAAGGGACUCAAGUAGUGGAAGAGCAAGAAGGUGGAGUAAAUCCUAUGCCUAGUGGUAGCCAUGAUCAUCAGCCAUCGGUUCCAAUUUUCAAUUUGCCACCAAAUUUGGUGCCUAAUAAUGCUCAGGUGCCUCAUGACAUGUUUUGGGGUUCUCCUCCUCGGCCACCACCUCCUCCUUAUUAAAUCACUCAUAUCAGAAUUAUAUAUAAACAGAGAAAGUGACUUCUUUUUUUUUUUUUCAUAUUUUUUUGGUCAUUUUGAAAAAUGUUAUGUUGAUCGUUUUAAUCUGAAGAAAAGAAGUUGAGGGGUUUAUUUU